UGUAAAUACGAAUAGUAGGAACUGCAACGCAUUCUACGAUAAUUUUGAUUGGUUGCUGAAAUAUAGUAUCUGUAGUCACUGAUAUAGUUCAUCAUGGAGUACGUCGAUGCUGCUAAAAAUGAAAGCAAUGACAACUCUUUUAACUCAACUUCUUGUUCUGAACUAGUAUCAAAUACAAAUUCCAAUAAGGACUCAUCAAUAGAAACAAAGGAUUCUGCAUCGAAACAUGAAAUUCAAAAUACACAAACACAAGAUAAUGAUACUCCAACUACCUCACAAAAUUUAUCCCAAGAGAAUAUAGACUUUAAAGUGAUUUAUAAUAAACAGAGAAUUAAUGUAAAUUUUCCACUUGAUGGUACUGUGGCAGAAUUGAAAGCUCAUCUUCAGAACAUCAUAUCUGUACCACCAGCUAUGCAGAAAGUUAUGAUCAAAGGAUUAGCCAAAGAUGAACAAACACUUAGAAGUUUGGGUGUUACAAAAGGUGCCAAAGUCAUGGUAGUAGGAUCAAAGUUAGAUGAUGUGUUAGCUGUAUCAAUUCCAACAAAACAAGAUCUUUCUGAUGAAGCUGCUUCCACUACAAAUAAAGAACCUUUGUCUCAACAAAAAAUGCAUAGAAAAGUAUUAGAUAAAGGUAUUCCUGAAGAUGUUAUGCCUGGUAUAUUAAACAGUAAGGAACCUCUACCGGAAUUCCCACUGGCUGGCAUGUUAAAUAAAUCUGGUGGCAAAGUUAGAUUAACAUUUAAAUUGGAACAAGAUCAACUUUGGAUUGGUACAAAAGAAAGGACAGAUAAAAUACCUAUGAACUCCAUAAAAGGUGUACACAGUGAACCAAUUCAUGAUCAUCCAGAAUAUCAUAUUAUGGCUAUACAAUUAGGUACAACAGAAGCUUCAAGAUAUUGGAUAUAUUGGGUUCCUGCACAAUACAUAUCCGCUAUAAAAGAUGCUAUCCUUGGUAAAUGGUGCUACUUCUGAUCAACCGUUGAAAGAAUUUUCUCUCUUCGAAAGCAAAGUGUAAUCAGAUGUAAGCAUUGAUACAAACACGACUGUACUAGUCACACAUUUUUAACAGAGGAAACGAAGAAAGAAGUUAUGAUGUUGCAUUUACAAUCUUUUGAA